CUAGCGCCAAACUAAACCAGCUGAUGGUUUUAAGGUGUUUGGACCUACUGUUGAAUAUCAGUGGGUCCCUAACAGCGUUUGGCAUUCGUAAACUCACAAUGAAGGUUCUUAGUGUUGCUGAAAAAAACGAUGCUGCCAAGAAUAUUGCGGAAAUCUUAAGUCGCGGCGGAUCCCGAAGGAGAGAAGGGUUAUCAAAGUUUAACAAAUUAUAUGAGUUUCCUAUGAAUCUCAAUGGUCAGAAUGUCAUCAUGGUAAUGACUUCUGUGUCAGGUCAUCUGACUAAUUAUGAUUUCCCCCCAAAUUACAAGUCAUGGCAUUCUUGUAACCCAAUGGUGCUUUUUAAUGCACCGAUUGCCAAACAAGUGCUCAAAGAUUACGAACCGAUAAAGCAAACAUUACAACGUGAAGUACGAAGCUGUCAAAAAUUAAUCAUAUGGACUGAUUGUGAUCGUGAAGGUGAAAAUAUCGGUGUUGAAAUAAUUGAUGUUUGUAAAGAAGUUAAACCAAACAUUGAAGUUCUUCGUGCUCGGUUUUCUGAAAUUACAUCGGCAGCUAUACAUCGUGCUAUAAACCAGCUUACAAUUCCUGAUUAUAAUGCCAGCGCAGCUGUUGAUGUGCGUCAGGAGUUAGAUUUACGUAUUGGGGCUGCUUUUACACGCUUCCAAACUUUACGGUUAAGGCGAGUUUUCCCUCAAGCUCUUAGUGAUCAAUUGAUUUCGUAUGGAUCUUGUCAAUUCCCAACUCUUGGUUUCGUUGUAGAACGCUUUCGAGAAGUUGAUCAGUUUGUCUCUGAACCAUUUUGGCGUAUUGUAGUCACUGUAUCACGCAAUGAGAAAACAACAGAAUUUCAAUGGCAACGUGGACGUCUUUUCGAUCAAGAUUGUUGUCGAGCAUACUGUGAACAUUUACAUCAAAAUCGUUAUGGUCAAAUUAUCGAAGUUAUCAAACGUCCGAAAACCAAAUGGCGUCCAACUGCUUUAGAUACAGUAGAAUUGGAGAAAUUAGCCUCUCGAAAAUUACAUAUGGGAGCUAAGUAUGCAAUGCAGCUAGCCGAACGUCUUUACAAUAAAGGUUUCAUUUCAUAUCCUCGUACAGAAACUAAAAUAUUCCCACCGGAUUUAGAUCUUAAAAGUCUAGUGCGUGUUCAAACAAACGAUUCUCGUUGGUCCAAUUUUGCUACUCGAAUUCUCGAACGUGGUCCUAAUCCUAGAAAUGGCAAAUCAAGUGAUAAAGCUCAUCCACCUAUACAUCCGUUAAAAGCAGGCGAUUCACUUCAGGGUGAUGAAGCACGUCUUUAUGAAUUAGUAACAAGACAUUUCCUAGCUUGCCUUUCAACUGAUGCCGAAGGUGCUGAAACUAUAGUUCGUUUGUGUAUUGGUAAACCUACUCCGCCGAGAUUAUUAACUAAUUCCAACAGUACAAGUACCACUGAUUUAUUGACUUCAGAAGAUGGUGAAUUAUUCGAAUCAAAGGGUCUUAUGAUAUUAGCAAUGAAUUAUUUAGAAGUUUAUAUAUAUGAUCGAUGGGCUGAAAAAGAUAUUCCUAUAUUUCAUGUUGGUGAAUGGAUUUUACCGAAUAAUAUUGAAAUAGUUUCUGGUCAAACAAGUCCACCGCCUUUACUUACAGAAGCUGAUCUAAUUUCACUUAUGGAUCGUCAUGGCAUUGGUACAGACGCAACACAUGCGGAACAUAUUGAAACAAUUAAACAAAGACUUUAUGUCGGUUUAGAACAAAAUAAAUUUCUUGUUCCAGGUCAAUUAGGAAUGGGUUUAGUGGAAGGUUAUGAUUCCAUGGGUUUUGAAAUGUCCAAACCUAACUUACGCUCAGAAUUUGAAGCUGAUCUUAAAUUCGAGGUGGUGACAUACUACUCUGUCGCUCAAAGUAGAUACGAUAAGCUUCAAGUUUGGAACUGGAUAGCUGAAAUGCCAAUGCAUCAUAAUGAAGUUGUUGGUUAA